AUGCUUUCGCUGCAGGGACACCGGCUUUGGGAGCGUUCACAGUCGGGCUGCCGUUCUCCGAUCUUUGGGCAGAUAUUUUUAGUAGAUUUGUGGAGGUUAAUGCCUCCUAGAGGCCUUCAGAAGAAAACCUUCUACGCCCAGAGACGUCAACUCCGAAUCUCCUCUCUUUUCAAGAGGACUCACGAAACUCGUUUUAAGGACCCGGAGAAGCCGGAAACGCCUCUUCACUCUGUAGACGCUUCUUUUCGUGAGCAGCCGGACAGUCGACGCGCAUGCCUUCGUCCUGAAGAGGCAUUUCCGCGUCUGCGAGAUGGGGUAGACUCUGAGGACUUCAAGAACGAUGGUGGGUGUGUUUUUCGGCUUCGUUUCUCCACACUCAGCCCUGUUCACCUCGAAAUGCCGCGACAGCCUUGCCCAUGA